UAUAUAUAUAUAUAUAUAUAUAUCGUAAUUUCCGGACUAUUAACAGGGUUCCCGCGGGUCCUUAAAAAGUCUUAAAAGCAUUGAAUUUAUGAAUUUGGAAAUAAUGCCUUAAAAAGACUUGAAGAAGUCUUGAAUUUUGAUACCUGGGUCUUAAAUUUGUGCAGUAUGUAACUUCUCCGUAUAUCGCAUUCUUUUAAAAAGUUUAAUUUGUCAACCACUAUUACUUUGAUUAAAUAACAGCCUAAAUAAAGAGUGGCGGAACCAAUAAUUGAGAACGAACGCUGCCCCGGGUCGGAAGACGUCACUUUGCUACAGCAUCAUAGCAGCACAGACCAGAGAUAGACAGACCAAGAUACAUUCUGUGGUUAUGGGGAAAUGCAAAUUUAAUGAAGCGUGGCGAGACAAACGAGCAUUUCACUGGGUAAAACCUGUGGAAAACAACGUAUUCGAAGCUUUUUGCACAGUAUGCAAAAAAAAAAUCCAGCUUGGUACCAUGGGCGUGAAGGCUCUAGAGUCUCAUGCUAAAUCAGCCAAGCACAUCAGUUCCAUGAAGGUGAAGGAUCAAACUCCCUCCGUCGCCGGGGUGUUUCAGCCUGCUAAUGUUAGCCAGCUAGCUGAUAAUUUGUCUGAAGUAGCAGGUAACGUGAACCAGCCAGCUGCUAACGUUACUGCUACAGCCCUUCCAGCUACUAGCGCAACGCCCGUUAGUGUGGAUCUGCGCACAGCCUUUGGGUCCACACCAACAAUGAAAGCAGAGGUGUUGUGGACUCUCAACACAGUCGCCAAACAUCAGUCCUACAAUUCAAAUGAGAACGUUUCCGAUCUUUUCAAAUUUAUGUUCCCGGAUUCAGACAUAGCUACCACUUUCACGUGUGGUCCCGACAAAACGGCGUACAUAGCCAAAUUCGGUUUAGCGGUGUUCAUCAAAGAGGAACUGGUGUCCAAAGUCAACAAAUCGCCGUUCGUUCUGAUGUUCGAUGAGAGCCUCAACGAGACUACAAAAAAUAAACAGCUGAAUGUGCAUGUCCGCUUCUGGGACGAGGGACAGGUUCAGUCCAGAUAUUUGGGCUCCCGGUUUAUGGGACAUUCCACUGCACAAGACCUGCUGUCACAUCUCAAAGAAUGUAUGGACAAACUGAACCUCAAGGACUUGGUGUCCAUUUCAAUGGAUGGGCCCAGUGUUAACUGGAAACUGUUCGAACUUUUCCAGAAAGAUCAAACUGAGCAGUACGGAGGUCUUCAGCUCAUUUGUGUGGGGAGCUGUGGCCUACACACGCUACACAAUGCUUUCAAGUGUGGGUUCACUGCAUGGCUGCUGGACAAGUUGCUGAGAGCAAUGCACACAUUGUUUAACAAUGUGCCUGCCAGGAGAGAGGAUUACGUCACCGUAACCAAGUCCAGUGUGUUCCCCCUUUCUUUCUGUGCCCAUCGUUGGGUAGAAAACCUUCCGGUUGUGGAGAGAGCCCUGGUAGUCUGGCCAUCACUUCUUCUGUACAUGGAAGCUGUGAAAACAAAAAAACUCCCUAACCCUGGAACAGGAUCUUAUGACACAGUUGCAGCAGCCAUAAAGGAUCCACUCAUUCUGGCCAAAUUUCACUUCUACGCAGCACUUGCCAGGACCUUCACGCCCUUCCUAACAAAAUAUCAAACAGACGAGCCGGUGCUCCCAUUCCUCUCCAAGGACCUGACCGAAUUGAUGAUAAGUCUACUCAGACGCUUCAUAAAGAGAGAAGUUCUCAACGAUAUCACUGCCCUGCAGCUGACCAAACUGGAUGUCACAGACAAGACCAUCUGGCUCAGCCCACAAAACAUCAGCAUUGGUCUAGGUGCAGAGUCAGUUCUUAAGAGCAUUAAAGGUGCAGAGCUCAGGGUGCUAGAGUUCAAGAGAGAGUGCAUGCAGGGACUGUGUAACAUCAUCAGGAAAGUGCAGGACAAAAGCCCCCUCAAGUAUCUGACUGUUAGGCAGAUGGUGUGCCUGGAUCCGUCAGUAAUGUAUAGAGAACCAGAAAGAUGCAGGAAUCACAUGAAAGGGCUGGUUCAGAGGUUUCUCCAGGACAAACAGCUAACUAAUACUUCUGCGGGGGAUGUCAUACUGCAGCAGUUUGACAGUCUCCUGUCCUUGGAGAGCCGGAGUGAGGACUUCCUCUACUUUGCUCCCAUGCAGAAGAGGCUGGACAUCUUCCUGAGCAGUGCCAUGGAGCCUUAUCCAGAGCUGUGGGCCUUCUGCAAGAAGCUGCUCAUCCUCUCCCACGGCCAAGCUACUGUUGAACGUGGAUUCUCCAUCAAUAAAGAGGUGGAGUCAGAUAAUUUGCAUGAGGACACUGGUCACACGGAGGCUGGUGUGUGACUACAUUAUACAACAUGGAGGUGUUACCAAGGUUCCACUCAGUAAACCACUACUGACAAGUGUAGCAAGAGCAAGGACAAGGUAUCGUAUCCACCUUGAGAACGAAAGAAAGAAGAGGGAGGCAAAAGACCAGGCUCUCAAGAGGAAGGAGGCAGAGGACUGUCUGCAGGAGCUGAAGGUGAAGAGGAUACGCGUAAAGGAGGUAUCUGAGGGUCUGGCUAGGGAUGCGGACAGGCUGGCUGAGCAGGCUGAAGCAAAGACAGGGAGCAAAAUGGCUGACCUGAUCUCCAGGUCCAACCUCCUGCGGAGAGGCCAUAAGGAGAAGUUGGCAGAACUGGCUCUCCUUGAUAAAGAGAUCGCUGCUAAAAGUGAAGAGCUUAGGAGUUGACUUUGAUCUUUAUUUUAUUUAUUGUUGAGUUGAUUUUCUUUGUUUGUUGUUCUGGAGUCUCUCUACUCCCCAUAUUCCCAGCAUGGAAUAAGCUAGCUAAUAAAUAGAUUUGUCACACCUC